GAUCAGACCGUAACGUAUAUCUGCCUAUCUUUCCCUGUAAAAUAUAUUGAGUGCAUAAAAUUAAAAAAACAAGGCCUGAUUUCUUUCUUUGCUUGCACCUUUCUAAAGCUCUGAGUCUCACAAACCAAGGACAACAACAAGGAAGGGAUCCAAACCCAGCCAUGCCUCCCAGCAAGCUCAAUUCUUCUGGUGAAGCUAGCGUUUCAUGCUCACAAUCAGAGAAUGGUUUUCUUAGUUCACAUUCUCUACUAAACUCGGAGAAGGCAGUGCAGGAACUCCUUCAAGAAUCUCCAGUUCAGGGGUCUGAUGACCACCUUAUAGAGUUCUCAGAGGCUAUGAGAACUGUUGCAAAGGCAUUAAGACGUGCUGCCGAAGCAAAGGCUUGCGCUCAAGCUGAGGCUGCUGAAUGGAAGCGUAAAUAUGAGCUGGAGAGGAUGCGGAAUUUGCAGUUGGAACAUAAAGGUCUUGCCUGUGGGGAGACUGGCAAGGAUUCAAGUAGGAGAAUAUCUGAAGAGAAAUCACUUAAAGAGCAUCAUAGUGAUGAUGAGAGGAUGGAGACCUUGGCUAGCCAAUCUAGUAUGCAACCUGAAUACUGUUGUGGGAGGAAUGGAAUAUGUUCUCAUGAGGUUCUUCGGGAUGGGGAAGCUGAUUCUGAACCCAAUUUUCUUCCUAAUAAUAAAUUUAUGAGAAAGGCAUCGUUUAAACUUUCAUGGUGGUGCAAAGGUGAACACAGUGACCAACACAAGCAUGACAUUGUUUCUUUUGAAAGAGGAAAUAUAACGACUGCUGAGCGUAGCAGUAGACAGAUUUCUUUGAGGUGGGAAUCUGACCCACAGACUGUGCUUAUAUUGACCAAACCAAAUUCAACUUCUGUUCAAAUUCUGUGUAUAGAAAUGGUCAGAUGGCUGAGAGCGCAGAAAAAGUUAGACAUUUAUGUGGAACCACGUGUGAGAGCUGAACUUCUUUCUGAGUCAUCUGAUUUCAACUUUGUUCACACCUGGAAAGAUGCUAAUGAAAUUAUGCUCCUGCAUACAAAAGUUGAUCUCGUGGUAACUCUGGGUGGGGAUGGAACUGUCCUCUGGGCGGCAUCCAUGUUCAAAGGACCAGUUCCUCCUGUCGUUCCAUUUUCUUUAGGGUCCCUUGGCUUUAUGACCCCUUUUUACAGUGAACAUUACAGAGAGUGCCUCAACUCCAUUUUAAAGGGUCCAAUUAGUAUCACAUUGCGCCACCGUUUGCAGUGCCAUGUUAUCAGAGAUGAUGCUAAAACUGAGUACGAAACUGAAGAACCAAUACUUGUGUUGAAUGAGGUUACAAUCGACCGUGGGAUAUCAUCGUACCUUGUAAAUUUGGAAUGCUAUUGUGACAACUCAUUUGUCACAAGUGUCCAAGGCGAUGGGUUAAUUCUAUCAACAACAUCUGGGAGUACUGCAUAUUCACUGGCAGCUGGUGGAUCAAUGGUUCAUCCCCAGGUUCCUGGCAUCCUAUUUACUCCAAUAUGCCCACAUUCCUUGUCCUUCCGUCCUCUCAUAUUACCGGAGCAUGUAACCAUACGUGUGCAAGUGCCCUUCAAUAGCAGAAGCCAGGCAUGGGCAUCAUUUGAUGGCAAGGACAGGAAACAGUUAAAACCUGGGGAUGCACUUGUUUGUAGCAUGGCUCCUUGGCCUGUUCCUACAGCAUGUCUUGUUGAUUCCACCAAUGACUUCUUGCGGAGCAUACAUGAUGGUCUCCACUGGAAUCUGAGAAAGACUCAGUCUUUUGAUGGCCCUCGGGAUUUAUCAUAACAAAUAUCAUUUUCCCUUGUACCCAUUGUUAGCUUUGAAAGAUGAAAACAAAAUCCCAUUGGAAUCUGACCUAUUAGUUUUUUCAAGAAAAAAAGGGAAACCAAUUCUUAAAGGCAUGUAACCCUAUUUUUUUUUUCCCCCUUAAUUUUCUUGUUAGUUUUUGAUACUCCCCCCAAUCCAAAGAAUAGCAUGUAUUUGUAACAUACUUGUAGAAAGUUCCAAACCGUAUUGAAGUACUGUAUGCCAAUGGUUAAUGUUGACCAAUUUCUUCUGAAAAAUUUGUAUAAGUAAACUAUAUCAUUAAGCAAACUGGUUGUCCAAAUUGUUAAUGUAGAAACCCUGUAUUAUGGAUAGGAACUGUGAAUUAUGGUUAUGUUUCAUCUA